CGUGGCAGUUAACACAUGUCAUCCAUACCAUCUGGCCAUAAAGAAGAGUAGUAGUAGAGCCAUCCUCCCACACACACUCCUCCAUCUUCACAUUAAAAGUAUAUCAUCCCCACAACCAGCACCUGCACUCUCCUUCCCUUCACCUUCACAUCCUACAAAGCUCCUCUUCCUCCACUUCUCCCACUCUGACACCUUUCUAGACAGUACUAGAUAAAUAAAUAUUAAGAGAUUUUGUGUGUGUGUGUGUGUGUAUGUGUGGUUGUAGAGAAAGAAAGUUGUAGAAAGAGAGAUGGGAAAUUGCCAAGCAGCAGAGGCAGCAACAGUGGUGAUACAGCACCCGGGAGGGAGAGUGGAGAGACAGUACUGGCCAAUGUGUGCAGCAGAAGUCAUGAGGAGCAACCCAGGCCACUAUGUGGCUCUGGUUACCCUCUGCUUCUCCGAGGAUGAGAACAAACAGGACUCCUCUGGUGUCAGGCUAACACGCUUAAGGAUCCUCAAGCCAAAGGACACUCUCCUCUUGGGCCAAGUCUACAGACUCAUCUCCUCUCAAGAGGUCACCAGAGCUUUGAGGGAGAGGAAGUAUGAGAAGAUGAGGAGGAGCCAUGCAGAUAUGAUCAAUCAACAGCAGCAGCAGCAGCAACAGCAUCUACAACAACAGGUUGCAGAACAAGAGAGAGAGAGGCAGAAGAGCUCACAUAGUGGGGCAAAGGAGAGACAUUGGAGGCCUACACUGCAGAGUAUCUCAGAGGUUGUAAAAGCUGAUCAGUUUACUUGACAGAGGUUCACUUACCGGAGAAACUUAUCCUUGAAGAGCAGUGGUAAAUGGUAAUAUGAACAGCUAGUAGAAGAGAAGGGCUCCUGUAGAGAUGAGAAUCUUAAUCUCAUUGCAGAUGUAAUCAGUAUAAUUGCAAGAAAUGAAGUUAGAUUUUCCAUCUUAGAUUUGA